GAGGACCAGGCAGCCACAGUUUACUUGUUCCGGGCUCGUGGGGGGGAAACAAACCCAGGUGUCGAGCUUGUCUCUCCGCUGACUUUAACACAGGUGGACUUCAUCUGAGAGGACACGGACCAACAGACCACAGGUCCCACCACACAGCGAGAGCGCAGGAGACACAACUUUCGGGCUAUUCCUCCGUGAUUUCUUUUUUUUUUUUUUUAAACACCACACCUGUGUAACCUUGGGAGUCAGCGCAGUUUCACAGUGAGAGGAUGGGACCGCUCCUGCUUUCCAUCGCCCUGUGCUUGGGAGCCGCUGUCCCGCAGCAUGUGAUGGCGGCAGAUGGUGAGGAGCCAACUUCAGCAGGCCCUUGUCAUCCAAAUCCUUGCCACAACAGAGGAACGUGUGAGAUCAGCGAGACCUACAGGGGAGACACCUUCAUUGGUUACGUCUGCCAGUGUCCACCGGGCUUCAGUGGAGUUCACUGCCAACACAAUAUCAACGAAUGCGAAAGGGAUCCCUGCAAGAACGGGGGCAUCUGCACAGAUCUGGUUGCCAACUAUUCCUGCGAAUGCCCAGGAGAGUACAUGGGGAGGAACUGUCAAUACAGAUGCUCAGGACCACUGGGCAUGGAGGGCGGCAUAAUAUCCAACCAACAGAUAACAGCCUCCUCCACCCACCGUGCUCUUUUUGGCUUGCAGAAGUGGUACCCGUACUUUUCACGCCUCAACAAGAAGGGCUUGGUCAACGCCUGGACUGCUGCCGAAAAUGACAGAUGGCCGUGGAUCCAGAUAAACCUACAGAGGAGAAUGAGGGUCACAGGUCUAAUUACCCAGGGUGCAAAGCGUAUCGGCAGCCCAGAGUACGUCAAGUCCUACAAAGUAGCCUACAGUGAUGACGGGAAAACCUGGAGAACCUACAAAGUCAAGGGCAAAGAUGAUGAUAUGAUUUUCAGAGGAAACGUCGAUAACAACGCUCCAUCAGCCAACUCCUUCACCCCUCCCAUUAAGGCCCAGUACGUGCGCAUUUACCCCCAAGUGUGCAGGAGGCAUUGUACCUUACGCAUGGAGCUGCUUGGUUGUGAAUUGACAGGCUGCUCUGAACCCCUAGGAAUGAAGUCAGGCCAUAUUCAGGACUACCAGGUCACGGCCUCCAGCAUCUUCAGGACGCUCAACAUGGACAUGUUCACUUGGGAGCCUGGAAAGGCUCGGCUGGACAAACAGGGCAAAGUCAAUGCUUGGACAGCCGGACACAGUGACCAGUCACAGUGGCUACAGGUGGACUUGCUUGUGCCUGCCAAGGUCACGGGUAUAAUUACCCAGGGAGCUAAAGAUUUUGGCCACGUUCAGUUUGUUGGCUCAUACAAACUGGCAUACAGUAAUGAUGGGGAGCGGUGGAAAAUAUAUCAAGAUGAGAAACAGGGGAAGGACAAGGUAUUCCAAGGGAACUUUGACAACGACACGCACCGAAAGAACGUGAUAGAUCCACCCGUCUAUGCCCGACUCAUCCGGAUCCUUCCCUGGUCAUGGUACGGCAGGAUCACUCUGCGUGCAGAAGUACUCGGAUGCACGGAGGAGGAGUGAAGUUCUCUCUUUCAUCUUUAUUGCCACCACCCCCAUCCGCCCCCCCGGUCCCUUGGCAAACUGGUGUACCUCGCCCAGUAUUUUGAAAAUAAACUGUGCAACGUGUAAAAAGAAACCAAUUUCCGAUGGAUUUUUAAAGAAUAUGUGUCUGUUUGUGGUAGGUUGCUGUUUAUUAUUUUUGUACAAUGAUUUAAAACCUGCCCUUUGUCUUUGCGUUUUCUCUAUAAAGUGAUUUUUCUGUCUUUUUAUUCUUCCCAAGAUUUAUCAUCCGGUUUAAAAUGAACUUCUGUAAUAUAUGUGGGUGGGGGUAGGGUGUGGGGGUAGGGUGGAGUCAGAGAGCGAUUCUCCCUGUGGUGUUAACUUGUUGCCAUGGAAGCUAUUGUAUGUACAGUGUCACCAAGAUGUGAAAUCUGUCUGCCGUGCUUCAUUGGACAUAAUCAGCCAACGUCAUAGCAUUACUAAAGUGUCUAAAGUACCAUGUAGAGAUCACACCAUAUUGUCACUCUCUCAAAUCGCUUUAUGUAUUCUUUACUUUACCACUUCCUUAAGCCAUGCGUUUACCCUGAUGUACACUGGCAUUACUUCAUCAAUCAAAACACUAUUAAUGCUCUUGUAUUAUAUGUAAAAGACUAAGAAAUUGCAUGGUACGUGAAUUAUAAAUGUAUAUUAUGACAAAUCAUUUAAAACCUCCAGCCCUGAGAGCAAUGGCUUUUGAUUUAGGGACCUAUUUUUAUGUGCAUUUUUGAAUAGUUCUGAAACAUUACAACACACUGCAAAAGUUUACUGAAGACAACGGAUAUUUGAGACAGUAUAGAGCACUGCGGUUAACCUGGCACUGCAAGGCUGUCUCUAGCUCUCAUAAGGAGUUUCAUCUUUUUUGUAUUUGAAUAUCCCAACACUUUUUCUAAGGUAUUUGGAAUUAUCGUAUGUGCUUGUUCUUUUUUGUAUUUAUUUCAAUUUAUUUUUCUCAGCUGUCAGAUGCUUAAAGUAUGUGUUUAAUGUCUUUGCGUUGUCUUAGAGGUCUAAGUUGAUCUAAGUUCAAUCACAAAGCUCAGGAUAGAUGUCAUUGAUAAUAAUAACCCACAAAUAUAUCAUUUUUGGCCACAUAUUAAAAAAUGUCCUGUAUUAUUACUUAUAAAAAAUGAGAAAUGAGUAAAGGCAACAUCAUGUGUUUGCAUAAUCCCAAUAUCUCUUUAUUUUGAAUGGUAAUUCCUGUCUUUUAAAAAAAAAAAAAGCAAAUGUCCAAGAUUAAUAAUAUAUGAAUACUAUUCAUAAUCUCAAAAUCUGCUAUGAUUAUAGCAGCAAGGAACUUUACCGGAAUAUGGACAGUUAUUCUCAUCGCGUCCACAUAUUCUAUUUAUGCCGUUUUCACUGUAUGGAUUCUGCUGCAGGCUGUAAAUGAACCCUGCUCCUUCACUAGUAAACUAAUGGCGGUAAGCAAGUACCUAAGGUAUUCCAACUAUUUGAAACCUUGCAGUCCCAUUUUACACAGUUUAAAAAUAGACCUGGAUUACUGCAGUGGUUCCCACUUUAAACUAGUAUUCCCAAAACCCCUGAGUGCUCAAAUAAAAGCUUAAGGGAGCUGAUGUUGUAUUUGAUGCUCUAUUUCUCACUUACAAUUUACCCACUUUCAGUCACUUCACUAUCCAAUCAGCUGUACUAUAGUGAUAUGAUGAAUUUUAUCACAGAUUACAUUUUCUUUCAGGUUAGAAUUUAAACACAACCUAAAUAAAUGUAUUGCACCAACCCUUUCCAAAUGAUCCUGUCUGACUACACUGGAAAUACUAAGGUGACGCUGUUAUUUUAAAGAAAUAAUAUACAAUAAAUGAAACUGCAUUUCAAUUCUUAAUCUUUUGACUUUCUAAAAGCGCAGCAAGAAAAUGUAUCACAAACAUAUUUUGUUCCUUACUCUAAGUUGUGUUUCAGGGCAGACGGUCAUCAUGAACGUUGUUGAAGUUGACAAAUAACCAUGAAAACAAAACAAGCAUAUUUGGAUUGUCACCUGGAUAUUUGAAAAUGAGAACAGUCUAUUGUAUUCUGGGUUGGAAAAUAUCAAAAGGCUAACUUGGAAAAAUGUAGUUGUGCUAUGUUGCCAAACUCUGUACUUUAAGGAAAGACUUUGCUGUACAUUACCAACAUGUGAAUACUGUUAUUGGUGUGAAUCAUUGACUGUCACUAUUUGCAUAAUAACGAUAUCUUGGCAAACAUCUUUCAUGAUUGAUCUUUGUAGUUGGCUUCCUCUCACCUUUCCUGCUGCAAAGCUUCGGUGACGCACGAUGCGUUUGAACAGAAAAGCAUAACAAACAUGUCCACAGGCACAUUACGUUCUUGCAUAUCAUAAAGAUCUAACAGGCUUUACUUUGAACCUUUGAUUUUCUUGUGCAUGUUAAAACUUCAUGCAGUCUUUGUAUUUCUGUGUCCGCAGCUCACGUAAUAUUUCUUUCGUCAGUCUGAGUGUCAAUUCCUAUCUAGAAAAUGUACCUAUCAUAACGCUGGUUAGGUUCGAGCCUGCAGAGAGUGUGAAACUAUGUACAGUCCAAAAAAAAGAUAUCGCUACGAACAAAAGCUCUUUCAGUUUGACAAAUAAAAACAUAUCUGUGAAAAUA